CCUGAAGGGAAAAUCAUGCCAAAUACUAUUUUUGUGGGUGGAAUAGAUAUAAGGAUGGAUGAGACAGAAAUUCAGAACUUUUUUUCACGAUAUGGCACAGUUAAAGAAGUGAAAAUAAUCACUGAUAGAACUGGUGUAUCUAAAGGAUACGGAUUUGUAUCAUUCUUGGACAACGUAGAUGUACAGAAAAUAGUAGAAUCACAAGUAAAUUUUCAUGGGAAGAAGCUCAAAUUAGGACCUGCAAUAAGGAAACACCCAAACUUAUGUGCCUAUCAUGUGCCACCCAGGCCAAUGCUUAUUAAUUCCCCUACACCUCAGUUCCAUAGUGUUUGGAGUAACCAAGAAACAUAUAUGCAGUCUCCAACUGUGAUGAGUCCUGUGACGCAAUAUGUUCAGGCAUAUCCUUAUGGUUCUCCAGCUUUAUUAAUUCAGCAGCAGGUUCCUGUAGGAUACCAGCCAACUUAUAAUUACCAG